CCCGGCGGGAUCCAGCGGUGCAGCCUGGUCGGGAAUCCUUGGAUCCGCUAGCGGGGAAACCUCCGGGAGACGUGUCGGUCCGUGUGGGUCCUGCAGCCGGAGGCAGCCAGAGCCCCCCCGGGGAAGAGAGGAGCGGAGCCGGACAGGAGCCGGGGCGGGAGCCGCGGAGCGGGGACCGCAGACGGAGGUGUGAGUGCGGGCUGCUAGCCGCCUAGCUCCAGGCCCCCCAGGAUGGACCGACGGGACCCGUGAGGACCCGGACAGGGACCCGAGCAGGGACCCGAGCAGGGACCAGAGAGGACCCGGAGAGCCGGACUCUGGCGGACCAGGACCCGCGUCUCCUGACGGUCCCGACGGGAUGAACUACCAGCAGCACGUCCACAACUCGGCCGCCAUCCGGGCCGAGAUCCACCGGUUCGAGUCGGUGCACCCCAACAUCUACUCCAUCUACGAGCUGCUGGAGCGGGUGGAGGAGCCGCUGCUGCAGAACCAGAUCCGGGAGCACGUCAUCGCCAUAGAGGAUGCGUUCGUCAACAGUCAGGAGUGGACCCUGAGCCGGGCCGUACCGGAGCUGAAAGUGGGCAUCGUGGGUAAUCUGGCCAGCGGGAAGUCGGCGCUGGUCCACCGGUACCUGACCGGGACGUACGUGCAGGAGGAGUCGCCGGAGGCCGACGUGGAUGCAGGUGGGAGGUUCAAGAAGGAGAUGGUGGUGGACGGCCAGAGUCAGCUGCUGCUGAUCCGGGACGAGGGCGGCCCCCCGGAGCCUCAGUUUGCGUUGUGGGUGGACGCCGUCAUCUUCGUCUUCAGCCUGGAGGACGAGAUCAGCUUCCAGACCGUCUACCACUACUUCAACCGUCUGGCCAGCUACCGGAACCCCAACGAGGUGCCGCUGGUCCUGGUCGGGACGCAAGACGCCAUCAGCUCGUCCAACCCCCGGGUGAUCGAUGACUGCCGCGCCCGCAAGCUGUCCAACGACCUGAAGCGCUGCACCUACUACGAGACCUGCGCCACCUACGGCCUGAACGUGGAGCGGGUCUUCCAGGACGUGGCUCAGAAGAUCGUGGCCAACAGGAAGAAGCAGCAGCUUUCCAUCGGGCCGUGCAAGUCGCUGCCCAACUCUCCGAGCCACUCGUCGGUCUGCGCCACGCAGGUGGCGGCCGUCCACGUCAGCCAGACGAGCAACGGCGGCAGCCUGAGCGACUACUCGUCGUCGGUGCCGUCGACCCCCAGCACCAGCCAGAAGGAGCUGCGCAUCGACGUCCCCCAGACCACCAACACGCCCACGCCCGUCCGCAAGCAGUCCAAGCGCCGCUCCAACCUCUUCACCUCGAGGAAAGCCAGCGAACCCGACAAGGACAAGAAGGGCCUGGAGGGCCGGUCCGACAGCAUCGGCAGCGGGCGGGCCAUCCCCAUCAAACAGGGAAUGCUGCUGAAGCGAAGCGGGAAAUCUCUGAACAAGGAGUGGAAGAAGAAGUACGUGACGCUGUGCGACAACGGACUGCUGACGUACCACCCGAGUCUGCACGACUACAUGCAGAACGUCCACGGGAAGGAGAUCGACCUGCUCCGGACCACAGUGAAGGUGCCGGGGAAGAGGCCGCCCCGCGCCGUGUCCACCUGCGCCGCCGUGACGAGCCCCAAGACCAACGGCCUGACCAAGGACAUGAGCAGCCUGCAGCUCGGACCUGCAGGUUCCAUGUCCAGCACCUCGUCGGUGUCUCAGAUGGCCAGCGGCGUCAGCCUGGUGUCCUUCAACAGCCGCGGCCUGGAGGGGAUGCACCAGCGCUCCUACUCCGUCUCCAGCGCCGACCAGUGGACCGACGCCACCGUCAUCGCCAACUCUGGAGUCAGCACAGACGCGGGCCUGGGAGACUCGGUCAGCUCCAGUCCCAGCAUCUCCAGCACCACCAGCCCCAAGAUGGAGCCGCCGCCGUCGCCGCACGCCAACCGCAAGAAGCACCGCCGGAAGAAGAGCACCAGCAACUUCAAGGCCGACGGCCUCUCUGGUACUGCUGAAGAGCAAGAGGAGAACCUGGAGUUCACCAUCGUGUCCCUGACGGGGCAGACGUGGCACUUCGAGGCCUCCUCGUACGAGGAGCGGGACGCCUGGGUCCAGGUCAUCGAGAGCCAGAUCCUGGCCAGCCUGCAGUCCUGCGAGAGCAGCAAGAACAAGUCUCGCCUGACGAGCCAGACGGAGGCGCUGGCCCUGCAGUCCAUCCGGAGUAUCCGGGGGAACGGACGCUGUGCAGACUGUGACGCUCUGAACCCGGACUGGGCCAGCCUGAACCUGGGGGCUCUGAUCUGCAUCGAGUGCUCGGGCAUCCACCGGAACCUGGGCACCCACCUGUCCCGCGUCCGCUCCCUGGACCUGGACGAGUGGCCGCUGGAGCUCAUCAAGGUCAUGUCGGCCAUCGGCAACGAGCUGGCCAACGGCGUGUGGGAGGCCGGCGCGCAGGGACACCUGAAACCGGGACCCGACGCCACCAGGGAGGAGCGUGAGCGCUGGAUCCGGGCCAAGUACGAGCAGCGUCUGUUCCUGGCGUCGCUGCCGUCCACGGAGCUGUCGCUGGGCCAGCAGCUGCUGCGGGCGGCGGCCGAGGAGGACCUGCGGGCCGUGGUGCUGCUGCUGGCCCACGGCUCCCGGCAGCAGGUCAACGAGACCUGGGGCGAGGGCGACGGCCGCAACGCGCUGCACCUGGCCAGCCACAAGGGCAACGUGGUGGUCACGCAGCUGCUCAUCUGGUAUGGCGUGGAUCUGGCGGCGAAGGACGCCCACGGCAACAGCGCCAUGGCGUACGCGCGGCAGGCCAGCUCCCAGGAGUGCGCCGACACGCUGGCCCAGUACGGCUGCCCCGACGAGCGCUACCCGCAGAUGGCCACGCCCAACCUGCCGCGCCGCAACACCAACCGCAACAACAGCUGCAGCAGCGCCGGCAGCGCCGCGCUCAUCUGACCGCUGGCCCCGCCAUAGACAUUUAUACGUAGACGCCCCAUGGAGCUGCUGUGAUACGUCAACGACGCCGCCAUAUUGGAUGUUCAAGACUGUGCUGUAAACUAAUACAAGUAAAUGGACUUAUUUUCAUAAAGCGCC